UCUCCCCGGGGUGGAGAACGGGGGCGCGAGCCGAGGACUCCGGCGAACCCCGGGCCGCGAAGGCAGCGGACUCCUUUCUGCGGCGGAGGGAUCCACGGCGGAGGCGGCUACGGCCGUAGCCGCUGCCUGAGAGUUGUUGUUUCCUCCUCCUCCUCCUCCGCCUCCGCCGCCGUUGCUUGAAUGGUGGAGCCGAGGCUCGGCUCGUGAACACACACUGACAGCUAUAGGGCAGGCGGCGGCACCAUCCCCGCUUCCCUUCGGCGGCGGGGUGUCCCGCCGGCGGCCCCGAAGUGACCCAUAAACAUGUCUUGUGAGAGGAAAGGCCUCUCGGAGCUGCGAUCGGAGCUCUACUUCCUCAUCGCCCGGUUCCUGGAAGAUGGACCCUGUCAGCAGGCGGCUCAGGUGCUGAUCCGCGAGGUGGCCGAAAAGGAGCUGCUGCCCCGGCGCACCGACUGGACCGGGAAGGAGCAUCCCAGGACCUACCAGAAUCUGGUGAAGUAUUAUAGACAUCUAGCACCUGAUCACUUGCUGCAGAUAUGUCAUCGACUAGGACCACUUCUUGAACAAGAAAUUCCUCAAAGUGUUCCUGGAGUACAAACUUUAUUAGGAGCUGGAAGACAGUCCUUGCUACGUACAAAUAAAAGCUGCAAGCAUGUUGUGUGGAAAGGAUCUGCUCUGGCUGCACUGCAUUGUGGAAGACCACCUGAGUCACCAAUUAACUAUGGUAGCCCACCCAGCAUUGCGGAUACUCUGUUUUCAAGGAAGCUGAAUGGGAAAUAUAGACUCGAGCGACUUGUUCCAACUGCAGUGUAUCAGCACAUGAAGAUGCAUAAACGAAUUCUUGGACACUUGUCAUCUGUAUACUGUGUAACUUUUGACCGUACCGGCAGACGUAUAUUCACUGGUUCUGAUGAUUGCCUUGUGAAAAUCUGGGCAACAGAUGAUGGGAGAUUAUUAGCUACUUUAAGAGGACAUGCUGCUGAAAUAUCAGACAUGGCUGUAAACUAUGAGAAUACCAUGAUAGCAGCUGGAAGUUGUGAUAAAAUGAUCCGAGUCUGGUGUCUUCGAACCUGUGCACCUUUGGCAGUUCUUCAGGGUCACAGUGCAUCUAUUACAUCACUACAGUUCUCACCAUUGUGCAGUGGUUCAAAGAGAUAUCUAUCAUCUACUGGGGCAGAUGGCACUAUUUGUUUUUGGCUCUGGGAUGCUGGAACCCUUAAAAUAAAUCCGAGACCUGCAAAAUUUACAGAGCGCCCUCGACCUGGAGUUCAAAUGAUCUGUUCUUCUUUUAGUGCUGGUGGAAUGUUUCUGGCCACAGGGAGCACAGAUCAUAUUAUUAGAGUUUAUUUUUUUGGAUCAGGUCAGCCAGAGAAAAUAUCAGAAUUGGAGUUUCAUACUGACAAAGUUGACAGUAUCCAGUUUUCCAACACUAGUAACAGGUUUGUAAGUGGUAGUCGUGAUGGGACAGCACGUAUUUGGCAGUUCAAACGAAGAGAAUGGAAGAGCAUUUUGUUGGAUAUGGCUACUCGUCCAGCAGGCCAAAAUCUUCAAGGAAUAGAAGAUAAAAUCACAAAAAUGAAAGUAACUAUGGUUGCUUGGGAUCGACAUGACAAUACAGUUAUAACUGCAGUUAAUAAUAUGACUCUGAAAGUCUGGAAUUCUUACACUGGUCAACUUAUCCAUGUCCUGAUGGGUCAUGAAGAUGAGGUAUUUGUUCUUGAGCCACAUCCAUUUGAUCCUAGAGUUCUCUUUUCUGCUGGUCAUGACGGAAAUGUGAUAGUGUGGGAUCUAGCAAGAGGAGUCAAAAUUCGAUCUUAUUUCAAUAUGAUUGAAGGCCAAGGACAUGGUGCAGUAUUUGACUGCAAAUGCUCUCCUGAUGGUCAGCAUUUUGCAUGCACAGACUCUCAUGGACAUCUUUUAAUUUUUGGCUUUGGGUCCAGUAGCAAAUAUGACAAGAUAGCAGAUCAGAUGUUCUUUCAUAGUGAUUAUCGGCCUCUUAUCCGUGAUGCCAACAAUUUUGUAUUGGAUGAACAGACUCAGCAGGCACCUCAUCUUAUGCCUCCCCCCUUUUUGGUUGAUGUUGAUGGUAACCCUCAUCCAUCAAGAUAUCAGAGAUUAGUUCCUGGUCGUGAAAACUGCAGAGAGGAGCAACUCAUCCCACAGAUGGGAGUAACAUCCUCAGGAUUGAACCAAGUUUUAAGUCAGCAAGCAAACCAGGAAAUCAGUCCUUUGGACAGCAUGAUUCAAAGACUACAACAAGAACAAGACCUUAGACGUUCUGGUGAAGCAGGUAUUGGUAAUACCAGCCGCUUGAGUAGAGGCUCUGUAAGUUCUACCUCAGAGGUUCAUUCACCACCAAAUGUAGGACUAAGACGUAGUGGACAAAUUGAAGGUGUGCGGCAAAUGCAUAGCAAUGCACCAAGGAGUGAAAUAGCCACAGAGCGGGAUCUUGUAGCAUGGAGUCGAAGGGUCGUAGUACCUGAGCUAUCAGCUGGUGUAGCCAGUCGGCAGGAAGAGUGGCGAACUGCAAAGGGAGAAGAAGAAAUAAAGACUUACAGAUCAGAAGAGAAAAGGAAACACUUAACUGUUGCAAAAGAGAAUAAAAUACUUACUGUCUCAAAGAAUCAUGCUCAUGAGCAUUUCCUGGAUCUUGGGGAAUCCAAAAAGCAACAAGCAAAUCAACACAAUUAUCGUACAAGAUCUGCACUGGAAGAGACUCCUAGACCAUUGGAGGAGAUAGAAAAUGGCACUAGUUCUUCAGAUGAAGGUGAAGUGGUUGCUGUCAGUGGUGGAACAUCUGAAGAAGAAGAGAGAGCUUGGCACAGUGAUGGCAGUUCUAGUGACUACUCAAGUGAUUACUCUGACUGGACAGCAGAUGCAGGAAUUAAUUUGCAACCACCAAAGAAAGUUCCCAAGCAUAAAACCAAGAAAGCAGAAAGCAGUUCAGAUGAUGAGGAAGAAUCUGAAAAACAGAAGCAAAAACAUAUUAAAAAAGAAAAGAAAAAAGUAAAUGAAGAAAAAGAUGGACCAACAUCACCAAAGAAAAAGAAACCCAAAGAAAGAAAACAAAAGAGAUUGGCUGUGGGAGAACUAACUGAAAAUGGUUUGACAUUAGAAGAAUGGCUACCAUCAACGUGGAUUACAGAUACUAUUCCCCGUAGAUGUCCAUUUGUGCCACAGAUGGGUGAUGAGGUUUAUUAUUUCCGACAAGGACAUGAAGCAUAUGUUGAAAUGGCCCGGAAAAAUAAAAUUUAUAGUAUCAAUCCAAAAAAACAGCCAUGGCAUAAAAUGGAACUACGGGAACAAGAACUGAUGAAAAUAGUUGGCAUAAAGUAUGAAGUGGGAUUACCUACACUUUGCUGCCUUAAACUUGCUUUUCUAGAUCCUGACACUGGUAAACUGACUGGUGGAUCAUUUACCAUGAAGUACCACGAUAUGCCUGAUGUUAUAGAUUUCCUAGUCUUGAGACAACAAUUUGAUGAUGCAAAGUAUAGGCGGUGGAAUAUAGGUGACCGUUUCAGAUCAGUCAUAGAUGACGCCUGGUGGUUUGGAACAAUUGAAAGUCAGGAACCUCUUCAGCCUGAAUACCCUGAUAGUUUGUUUCAGUGCUAUAAUGUUUGCUGGGACAAUGGAGAUACAGAAAAGAUGAGUCCUUGGGAUAUGGAGCUUAUACCUAAUAAUGCUGUAUUUCCGGAAGAACUAGGUACCAGUGUUCCCUUAACUGAUGUUGAAUGCAGAUCAUUAAUCUAUAAACCUCUUGAUGGAGAGUGGGGUACCAAUCCCAGGGAUGAAGAAUGUGAAAGAAUCGUUGCAGGAAUAAAUCAGUUGAUGACACUAGAUAUUGCUUCAGCAUUUGUGGCCCCUGUGGAUCUGCAAGCUUAUCCCAUGUACUGCACUGUAGUGGCAUAUCCAACGGAUCUAAGUACAAUUAAACAAAGACUGGAAAACAGGUUUUACAGGCGGGUUUCUUCCCUAAUGUGGGAAAUUCGAUACAUAGAGCAUAACACUCGAACAUUUAAUGAGCCGGGAAGCCCAAUUGUGAAAUCUGCUAAAUUUGUGACUGAUCUUCUUCUACAUUUUGUAAAGGAUCAAACUUGUUAUAACAUAAUUCCACUUUAUAAUUCAAUGAAGAAGAAGGUUUUAUCUGACUCUGAGGAAGAAGAGAAAGAUGCUGAUGUGCCAGGAACUUCUACCCGAAAAAGGAAGGACCAUCAGCCUAGAAGAAGAUUACGUAACAGAGCUCAGUCUUAUGAUAUUCAAGCAUGGAAGAAACAAUGUCAGGAAUUGUUAAAUCUCAUAUUUCAGUGUGAAGAUUCAGAGCCUUUCCGACAGCCAGUAGAUCUCCUUGAAUAUCCAGACUACAGGGACAUCAUUGACACUCCAAUGGAUUUUGCUACUGUUAGAGAAACCUUAGAGGCUGGGAAUUAUGAGUCACCAAUGGAGUUAUGUAAAGAUGUCAGACUUAUUUUUAGCAAUUCCAAAGCAUAUACACCAAGCAAAAGAUCAAGGAUUUACAGUAUGAGUUUGCGCCUGUCUGCUUUCUUUGAAGAACACAUUAGUUCAGUUUUAUCAGAUUAUAAAUCUGCUCUUCGUUUUCAUAAAAGAAAUACUAUAACCAAGAGAAGGAAGAAAAGGAACAGAAGUAGUUCUAUUUCCAGUAGUGCUGCAUCAAGCCCUGAAAGGAAGAAAAGGAUCGUAAAACCCCAGUUAAAGUCAGAAAUCUCUACCUCUCCAUUCUCUACACCUACACGAUCAGUACCACCAAGGCACAAUGCUGCUCAGAUAAAUGGUAAAACAGAAUCCAGUUCUGUGGUUCGAACCAGAAGCAACCGAGUAAUUACAGAUCCCGUUAUCAAUACUGAGCAACCAUCUACUUCAUCAGCUGCAAAGAAUUUUAUUCCAAAAGCUAAUACAUCUGCAGUGCCAGGGAAAACAAUACUAGAAAAUUCUGUGAAACAUUCCAAAGCCUUGAACACUCUGUCAAGUCCUGGUCAAUCCACUUUUAGUCCUGGCACUAGGAAUAAUACUGCAAAAGAAAAUAUGGAAAAGGAAAAACCCGUCAAACGUAAAAUGAAGUCAUCUGUACUCUCAAAGGCAUCCACUCUUUCAAAGUCAUCACCUGUCAUUGAGCAAGGAGAUUGUAAGAACAAUGCUUUUGUACCAGGAACCAUUCAAGUAAAUGGUCAUGGAGGACAGCCAUCAAAACUUGUGAAGAGAGGACCUGGAAGGAAACCUAAGGUAGAAGUUAAUACCAGUAGUGGUGAAAUUAUACACAAGAAAAGGGGUAGAAAACCCAAAAAACUACAGUAUACAAAGACAGAAAAUGCAGAACAAAAUAACAUGCAUCCCAUCAGAGAUGAAGUGGUUCCUUCUUCAACAUGCAAUUUUCUUUCUGAAACUAAUAUGGUUAAGGAGGAUUUGUUACAGAAAAAGAGUCGUGGAGGCAGAAAACCCAAAAGGAAGAUGAAAACACAAAAACUAGAUUCAGAUCUCAUAGUUCCUGCAAAUGUUAAAGUACUAAGGAGAAGUAACCGAAAAAAGACUGAUGAUCCCAUUAUAGAUGAGGAAGAAGAGUUUGAGGAGCUCAAAAGCUCUGAACCCCACAUGAGAACUAGAAACCAAGGUCGAAGGACAGCUUUCUAUAAUGAGGAUGACUCGGAAGAGGAGCAAAGGCAGCUGUUAUUUGAAGACACCUCUUUGACUUUUGGAACUUCUAGUAGAGGACGAGUCCGAAAGUUGACUGAAAAGGCAAAAGCAAAUUUAAUUGGUUGGUAACUUGAACCAAAAUAUUUUACUUCGAAAUCUAUAAAACAGGUACAGUUAAGGAAUAAGUAGAGCUAACACUUCUGCUUCCUUGCUGCUAUGGUGGAUUAGGGAAUGUUAUGAUUUGACUUGCAAAAAAAAAAACAAAAAAACUUAGAAGACACUUCACUUCUUUAAAUGAAUAUAUAUAUAUAUAUAAAUAUAUACAUAUAUAUUUUAAAUGUUUGCUAUUUAUUGCCCUUAGAUAGGUUAUACAUUUCCACAUUCAUUUCAUUCACUGUUUGAAACAUAAGAAAUUGAGGACCUAUAAUGAAUUCCUGAUUUAUUUAUGAAAGAGACAGUUCUGCUACACUCUUAAGGAGCAUACUAUUCCUAAUGAUAGAGCAUUUCAUGUUAAAAUGAAUUAUUUUUAACCAAGCAAGGUACAUUUUUAUUGAUACAGAAGUCAUGCCCCUAGGAAGACAGAUGUUACAUAGAGUAGCAGUAAAUUUAAGGAAUGUGUUUCCUCUAAAGAUAAAAGUCCUACCAUUUGAUUCCCUAAAAAGUUUAAUUUUAGUUAUAGAAUGUUCAUCUACAAAAUAUCUAGAGAAGGCUUUUGCUUUAUUCCAUUUCUGCCAAACUAAAAAUAAAAUGUGCUGAUGAAAAGGAAACAUAUCCACAUUGGAAAACAUUUGACUGUCUAAUUUUUCAGACCUUGAUUCUUAUAUCAGUCUCUCAAUCUCUGUUUAUUGUGCCAAAGACUGAGAAUCAGUGCAGUGGAAAGCCUGUUUUUGACUGUCAGGACAGCAUACGCUUUUCAAUAUUGGAAAGGAUAUAUAUUCUAAAGAGCAAGUUAUUAAAGAGUUAUGCUGAGAUAUAUUCUUUUUUGGUACUAAUAGUAGAAAAUAAUGCACUGGUGGGUCCUUUGACAGAGAUGUCUUAGAGAAAAUGUUUUAAGUGGUUAAAGGAUUCAAGGAAAAUACAGGAAAAAAGGUAUGAGAUUUGAUGUUUACUUGUUGAUCUGGAUUAAUGUCAUUUCUAAACUUUAGACAUAUCUGAUAGGCUAAAAUGACUUACAAAGAAAUGUGUCUGUGUGUGUAUGUGUAUAUAUUGAUAAAUGGGUAUAAUGAAAUAUAUAUACAAACACAUACUUAUAUACUAUUACCCAGGUAUAAAUUCCUUUUUUCAGGAUUUUUUAGAUAGUGGUAGAAUAAAAAUAAUUUUAAAACGUCAUACUUUAUAGUUUAAUUUUAAGGGGAAGAUUGGUUAUUUUCAAUUAUUAAAGGUUAAAAUAGGCCAAAUCACUUUUUAUGCAAUCAUGUUUUAUACAGUGGUCUCAUUGCACAUUGUGUUUUUUCUGCACUUUUUACGGUAUCCUUAUCACGCUGGUAUGUCAAUAUACACCCUAAAGAAAAACUCCAUUUAAUGAUUGUGCCUUGUAUUCUAUUAUUUUUUGCAUCAUUAGUAAAAUUAAGUUGUCUAUUGUAAAUGAUAACUAUAUGACUUAGGAGAAUGUAUUACUGUAUGUACUGCUAUGGAAAAGGAAAGCAGUUAUUUAUUUGUUUAUGGUACAGUUAGUUAUUUUAUACCUUAAAAACCAACAUAAAUACCAUUUCUAUUGUUUAAAAAUUAUUGUCCAUUUUUAAAAAAAAUUAAAGAAUGUAGUAUUUUCUGAGGACUGAUAUGGUACAAAAAUGUAACCGAAAUUUUCAAAUACUACAUUUUUAAAAAGCAAGGAUUGGAAAAAUAUGUAUCAGCAUGACCCUGAUGUAGAAAAAUAAAGUCUUUAAUUGAACCUUGGCAAAAUAUAUAACAUAAUUAUUUCUUUACUUAUUUCCAAUAAGAUAAAUGUUAACUGUCAUUUAACUCUCUUAAAGAAGAUUGAAAAGUGAUGCAUUUUGGCUUUUUAGAUUGUUUGUAACUAAAUUUGUACAGAAAUCCUCCUGUGAAAUUAAGUAAACCAUUUUCCAGAUCUUGACUGGAUUGCUGUGAUUUUGCAGUUGAAUAAUUUCAAAAUUUUCAGGUUUUUUGUAUAUUUAUUUUUUUCUAACAGAUAUAUUUAACUAUAUAAUUGAAAUUCAGUAGUUAAUCCUUCAUAAUGCAGAAAUGUUGGCUUGGUUGUAUAGAAAAAUGAAUCUUUCAGUUACACCAUUAUUGAAAUCGUAUGUUUGAAAUUUAAGGCAUUAAAAUGAUUAGUUGCUUUUGAAGGCAAUCUAUUUGAAAAUAUAAUUUCCUGAUGUUAUCUGCAUUGUGUUAGAAAAAAAGAAUAGACUAUAAAAUCCCAUUUUUGUAAAAAAAAAAAAAAUGUGUAUAGUUUCAAGGUGUGUACAGAAAAAGGAAUAGUGUGCACAGUCUUA